GCAGCUUUACCAGACACCACCACCACCAUUCGCUGGUCCAAGUCUUUAACUCUGAUAAGAGAAAGGUCUUAUUCUAACGACAUCCUGCACUCUGAAGCAUGGCUUCAUCACCCGCACCUUUCUAUCCAGUUUCCCAUUCUAAUCAACCUACAAACUCUGCCCUGGCUGUUUCUCCCAACAUGCACGAGUCUAAUCCCAUCCAGGCCUCAGGUCCUUCUCGUUCGGAGAACGGUCAACUUCACGGUCUGCAAAGCCACGGUCGACCUGAAAUGGUAAUGGAUUUGCGACAUAUGACCUCAGCGGGUGCACUCCAUGCCCCUUCCGCCUCGUCGCGAAGGGUUUCUCAGAGAGUUGGAAGUAGAUCGCCUGCCUCGAUCCCGAGCAGUCCCACAUCUGUCCACUCGUCUUCGAGCGCAAUAUUUGAGCGUGAUAUUGAACCCAUUAUUUCGCCCUCGCCAUCUCAGCUUCUCCACACAGCCUCAGCAGCUUCUCAUCCUCACAACCCUCAUAGAAUUCCACGUGUCAAAUUAGAAGAGCAAUCUGUACCAUCCGUUUUGGAUUCGGCAGCAGAAAUUCUUGCUGGACUACAAGACGAGGGUGAUCAGAUGCAAGUCGCUGUUGAAGCGCCGACAGUUACUAUGCUUACGGAUGGAGGUGCUGGCGGCAGGAGUCCGAUGAGCUUAAGGAGCCGAAGUCCUUCUCCCGGUUUAGCCUCUGGCCAAGGGGCGGGGAGUCUGUUAUUGAGUAUUCCCGUUUCCAGCUCGCCUCCCCAUCCACACCAAACGACAUCAGCCACUUCACCACGUCCUACCAUUUCCACUAAUGUUGGAAAGCAAGAUGCACUACCAGCUAGCCAAACGCCAGGAUCGAUAUCAGCCGCAACACCCACUUCCACGUACUACUCCACUACUUCCUCAGUUGGUUCUGGCUCCGUAGAGAAUUCACCAAAGACCACAACUCGUGAAAAGGCGCCUGAGCUCCCUGAUUCACCUGACCGAGAUAUACUGAUUUCACCCGUCAUCCCAAACGCGCCACCACCGAGUGCGGUUGAAGCUGGCUAUGGCUCGUCUUUCUCUCCCUCUUCGUUCACUUUCAAUGCUUCAACAUCUCCUCCACGUUCUGUAACGACCGCCCCUUCAUCUUCCCCGUCUCAGUCCAUCCCCUCUUCACCACGUCAGGCUAACCAAACGCUUUCCUCUUCAUCUCCGACUUCACACUCUCAAAAAGUUGCCAAACGGCUUUCUUUCAUGUCGUACAACGACCUGCUUACAUCCACGCCGCUAUCUACGGUUCCCUUGUCAUCUUUGACGACCUCCGUUGAACCUCCACCCCACAUUCCGCCUGUUGCUGGUUAUCCUGUUUCUUCGGAUCAUCCCUCUACUCAUGCGGGCAGCAAUGCUCCAAGCAUCAAGGGAUCCCCUGGUGUGGUGACAAGUGUCAAGGAACGAGAGAUGUUGGAUGAUCUCGGGUUGGUUGGAGGGGAAUGGGAACGCGAGGGGCUUGGGAGAGGUUUGGAAGAGAGAUUGGAGGCUGUCGGGGGGAUCGGGUCCGCUGGGGUGAUAGGACGUGCUUGAUUUGUUUUUCUCUUGUUUUUUUUUGUCCUUUCGGCUCAGGUUUCGAUGGUUAUUUGUGAAUAUGAGCAGGUUUAAAGUUAUGAUCACAUAUGGUAUGUACGUAUUAUUGUUCUCUUUAUAUCGUUUUCUUGCUUCCUACGCUUGCAACUUGUAUGUGGUUACACCUACCUUUACUUCUAAUGUUUUAUACCUUGUUGUUCGCCGAUCGGGUUUACAUAAAUAUAGUAACAAGAAAAGCUUGAAUCGCCACACUCAAUCUACUUGGGUAUGGUGAUGUCCAAC